AUGGCAGGCCCAGCGAAAUCAAUCACUACCGAGAGUGGGACCAUCACCGCGUGGCUUCCCAUUCUAACUCCGUAUGCAUCAAUCGCCGCAUGUUCAUCUCAGAUUUAUAGAAUUGCGAGCGAUAUAAUAGCUUACGAUCCUUAUUUUCCAAUUGGAAUGGGCGUUACUGGUCUUCACUGUCUUCCUGAGGAACUCUCGCUCUCAUGGUGGCAGCGCGAUACCGAAACAACAACUGUACUCGGUCCUACAUUCAUGUGUCCGGAAGCAUACAGUGCUGUAUCCACAGUCUCAUUUCCAUCUUCCAUCCAGACCUUGUGCUGCCCGUCAAGCUACCAGCUCACUGUCUCGAUCAUUGGGUUAACGUUCGCCUCACAAUGCACAUCCAAAUUCACACCCGGAGAGACGAUUUUCUAUAACGAGUAUCAGCCUUCCUCGAAUACGUGGCAGCGAACUUCUUCCGUCGUGGCCGCAUCUGCCAGUCCGAGUUUUGCGUAUGGAUUCCACAUGAAUGGGUUUAAUUUUGUACCGGCUACUUCGACGUCUUCUUCUAUCACGGGUAGCACCGCAACAAGUACAACGCAACCCAGUAAUGCAAUAAUGCCCACCACCACAUCUUCCUCGUCAAAUAUGACGGCCGCGAUUCAAGAAACAGCAACACCGUCCAAAAAGACAUCCGCAGGUGCUAUCGCAGGUGGAGUAAUCGGAGCCGUCGCCAUUGUUUCCCUACUAACAAUCAUCGGUUUUUGGCUUCUCAGAAAACGGAAAAGCAAACCCCAGCACAGCGAAUCGUUUCCAAAAAGUUUUCAAUCGACAAGUGAAGGGAAAGUAGAACAAACGAGUAGUCCGAUGCAUACGCCUCAACCUAUUGCUGUAGUGGCUAAGCAGCCCAAGGAACGAAGACCUACUUACGAAUUGCCGCUUACAGCGCCAACUAGUGUGCAUGAAAUGAGUGCAGACCGGGAGUAUGAGAAGUAA